UACAUUUUCAGAUAUAGUGACUGGAAGGCUGACAUGAUGAAAGAUAGAAACGGUAAACCCAGAGAUAUAUUCAAGAGCAUAUUAUACGAAGUUGCACAUGGUGAAUCCAACCUGUGCUUCGUUCAGCUAUUCCUCUCGGGAACCGCUCGACAAGACGUAACUUGGCAAAAAGAACCUACCAUGUACUCUUUCGAAUUUGUCGAUUGUUCUUUGUUGAAUAUGCAGGCACGAAUCAAUAUAAUAAACCAUUUUGCGACCAAAAGUGGCUUUUCUGAGAAGACAUGGAACCUGCAGGAACGGAUGUAUUUUCUGUUAUGUGAUACGGGUGGACUUCCACGAGCGAUCCAGUGUUUGUUGCAACGUUGCUUUGGGAUGAAUUAUGAAACAACAGAUGUUUUUUUUGAGAAUAUCAGUUCGUUGGAUUACAGUCACAUUUAUGAUGAUGUAGCAGAAGACCUUAACACUAAGUACGGAAUCAAACAAUGGGUUAUUGACCACCGAGAACUUGCUGAAGUCAUCAUAGACCGAUGUCUUGCAAUAAUUCCAUCAAGGAGGUCGGACUUGCUCUCGCCCAACCACUCUGAUACUCUGGAAUCUUUAGAACGUUAUCAACAUUUGGUUCUGACAGAUUAUUCUAGAGACGGUCGUGUCUUGAUUACAGUACCGCCUAUUUUCAUUAAUAUUUAUAUCCAAGUCCUCUCCCGGCCCACAAGCAGAUUGAAAAUGUCAUUCUUGCCAGGAUGGGAAAUGAAAUGGAACGGUUUUGAAAUAUUCGUUGCGGAAUAUGUGGCAUUCCGCAUUA